GUCUUUUUAUUUCCUUCUCAGCAUCACCCUUCUGUGGCAAGAGGCACCUGUGAGGAAAACUUCCGCAUAUCAAUGCACUGCCAAUGGUGGUGUAAUACCAAGGGCUGUACUGCUGCCACAUCUCAAUUUUGUGGGGUUUCAGAGAGUAGUUCUGGGUUGUGUCCUUUGUUGUGACCUCAUGGUUUAACUGGGAAUAAAGAUGAGUAUAAGCAGUGAUGAGGUUAACUUCCUGGUAUAUAGAUACUUGCAAGAAUCAGGGUUUUCCCAUUCAGCAUUUACCUUCGGUAUAGAGAGCCAUAUCAGCCAGUCUAAUAUAAACGGUGCUCUGGUGCCACCAGCUGCUUUGAUUUCCAUCAUCCAGAAAGGUCUGCAGUAUGUAGAGGCAGAAGUCAGUAUUAAUGAGGAUGGUACCUUGUUUGAUGGUAGGCCGAUAGAGUCUCUCUCACUGAUAGAUGCAGUGAUGCCUGAUGUGGUCCAGACCAGACAACAGGCCUACAGAGAUAAACUUGCACAACAGCAGGCGGCCGCCGCCGCAGCCGCAGCCGCCACCAACCAACAGGGAGCAGCCAAAAAUGGGGAAAACACAGCAAAUGGAGAAGAGAACGGAGCACAUACUAUAGCAAAUAAUCACACGGAUAUGAUGGAAGUAGAUGGAGAUGUUGAAAUCCCUCCCAACAAGGCAGUGGUGCUGCGAGGGCAUGAAUCUGAAGUUUUCAUCUGUGCCUGGAAUCCCGUCAGUGACCUUCUGGCCUCAGGGUCUGGCGAUUCGACGGCACGGAUAUGGAACCUCAGCGAGAACAGCACGAGCGGCUCCACGCAGCUGGUACUUCGGCACUGUAUACGGGAAGGGGGGCAGGAUGUCCCCAGCAACAAAGAUGUCACAUCGCUGGACUGGAACAGUGAAGGUACACUUCUAGCAACUGGGUCUUACGACGGCUUUGCAAGGAUAUGGACUAAAGAUGGUAAUCUUGCCAGCACCUUAGGGCAACAUAAAGGUCCUAUAUUUGCGUUAAAAUGGAACAAGAAAGGAAACUUCAUUUUAAGUGCAGGAGUGGACAAGACCACAAUUAUUUGGGAUGCCCACACUGGCGAAGCCAAACAGCAGUUUCCUUUCCAUUCUGCACCAGCAUUAGAUGUUGAUUGGCAGAGUAACAACACAUUCGCCUCUUGCAGUACGGACAUGUGUAUUCAUGUCUGUAAACUAGGACAAGAUAGGCCCAUCAAAACCUUCCAGGGGCACACAAAUGAAGUAAAUGCAAUCAAAUGGGAUCCAACUGGUAACCUUCUGGCGUCCUGCUCCGACGACAUGACUCUAAAGAUCUGGAGUAUGAAACAAGACAGUUGUGUCCAUGAUUUACAAGCACACAACAAAGAAAUUUAUACUAUCAAAUGGAGUCCUACAGGACCAGGAACAAAUAAUCCAAAUGCCAAUCUUAUGUUAGCAAGUGCAUCCUUUGAUUCUACUGUUAGGUUAUGGGAUGUAGACAGAGGAAUUUGUAUUCACACUCUGACGAAGCAUCAAGAACCUGUGUACAGUGUAGCUUUCAGUCCUGACGGCAGGUACCUGGCCAGCGGCUCCUUUGAUAAAUGUGUGCACAUCUGGAACACACAGACAGGUGCCCUAGUUCACAGUUACCGGGGAACAGGAGGGAUUUUUGAGGUUUGCUGGAAUGCAGCAGGAGACAAAGUUGGAGCAAGUGCUUCAGAUGGUUCAGUUUGUGUAUUAGACCUCCGGAAAUAGCGCUACUAGUUGGAAGCCAUGGACCGACUAUGAAUGUGUACAUAGCCAAAAUGACUGUCCCUGACCCAUGUACUGCUAUAGUCCCAAUUGAACCAUGGCCAGUCCACUACAGCCAAACGUAAAAGAAAUAUAUACAUAUACUGUAUAU